GAGAUCUGCAGGAAUCUUGCCUUAUUAACAAAAGACGUAGUUAUUUUUGAAUCCGCUCUCUCUUUUUUCCGCCUGUGAAGCUCAGCCUUUGUCUCCCCCUCACUGUAUCAUAUGUGUGUGGAAAGAGACUGCAGUGUGUGAAGAGAGAUCUCUGUCAGAACGAGCAUCCAGAUCACCAUGGAUUCCUCUUCGCCGUCGUCGUCUUCUCAAUGUGUGGUGCACGCUCUGGAUUUACCUUUACGUCUGGAUCUCGCUAGAUCUGUGCCUUUCCCUCACGCUCAGCGUUGUGAGUAUGUUUGCUAGCAGAAAGUUUUAUAAUCAUUAGGUAAUCGUCUAUUUUCGAACAAUGAAGCUUUUAGCCUAAAGUGCCAGGAGGGGAAAAAUCGAUAGCGUUGCUGAAAUAGUUUUGUGGCUUGGCUGGCUCUAAUGAUCGGCCAGGAGUUCUCUCAGCUCGGCCAUGCCUAAGAUGAAAAGGACCACAACAGCACAGAUUGUUUCUUUUUCGUCAGGGUACCACCCUGAAUGCCAGCAUCUAUAUUUAAUGCGCAGUGGAAGGCUUUCUGUUGCUUUUAAGAAAGUGAUGUGAUUGAUACCUGCUCUUGGACGAUCUUGUUGCCCCGGUCCAUUUAGAUUAAGAAUCCCUUGAGAACUGUGGGGCUUUCGACUGCAACACUUGCCAGUUAAUUGAACCCAUUUCCUGCCUCUUCAAGCUCUUAGGUUCUCCCCCAUGCACAGAGAGCUCCCUUGCUCGUUCAUUGAUCUUCUCUCAGGUCCCUGCUCGUCUGGAGCCGGAGUCAGAGCCCAGAGUAGCGCGCGCUGUUCGUGGGCAGCACGUUCACCGCCUCCCUUCUUACUCCUGCCCACUCCACUUUCCAGCAUGAGACUGCUGCACACUUGAUCUCCCAGCUGGUGAGGACAGGAAGGUUGCAAGUUGGCCAAUGGAUGGAUUUCGGGCUGUCGGUUUUAACUUCGCGUCGUUCCGUGUUCGGGAGAGGAUGCUGUAACUUUAUCCAGGUGCACCCUCCCACCCAGCCGCUCUUCCACUUUGCCAGCUGCCUCGGGGCUUGACAGCUCUGUGCUGGCCCCAAGGGCUGUGAUGAACUACAUCUUCGGAAACAACACGCUGUACCCGCGAGGCGGUCGGGCCAACGCUGGAUCCGGCCAUGCCGCCCCGGGGAACAAACAGAGGCAGUGGCCCAAACGGAGCUCGAGUGAAGAGCUGCCUUCGUCUUCCUCACGCUGGCAGCAGCUGCUGGCCUUCUUCUCGAGACGCGGGGCCUUCAGUGACUGCAUCACAGCAGGUGCAACCCAGCAGGCAGAUGUCAUUCCUCCCUCUGCUCCCAUAAUCCCUGUGAUCCCUAUCUCACCCCUCCCAGCCGAGAUCACUGCCAUUCCUGCAUCCACGUCACAGGCAAGCCCAGCACCAGUUGUGGUAAACACAGAAAGCCUUGAUGCAUCACCCUAUGUGAAUGGAGCAGAAGCUGAUUAUGAAUACGAAGAAAUUACACUUGAAAGGGGAAACUCGGGCUUGGGUUUCAGUAUUGCAGGCGGUACCGAUAACCCCCACAUCGGCGAGGACCCAAGCAUCUUUAUCACCAAGAUCAUCCCAGGAGGAGCUGCUGCACAGGACGGCAGACUCAGAGUUAAUGACUCUAUACUGCGGGUUAAUGAUGUAGACGUGAGAGACACAACUCACAGUAACGCUGUUGAGGCGCUAAAGGAGGCAGGCUGCAUCGUCAGACUGUAUGUCAGGAGAAGAAAAGCAGUUGCAGAAAAAAUUGUGGAUGUAAAGCUGGUAAAAGGUCCUAAAGGUCUAGGUUUCAGCAUAGCUGGAGGAGUUGGAAAUCAACAUAUACCUGGGGACAAUAGUAUUUAUAUCACCAAAAUCAUUGAGGGAGGGGCUGCCCACAAAGAUGGACGGCUACAGAUUGGAGACAAACUUUUGGCUGUAAAUGCUGCUUGCCUUGAAGAGGUGACCCAUGAAGACGCCGUGACUGCCUUGAAAAACACCCCUGAUGUUGUCUAUUUGAAAGUGGCAAAACCCACCAGUGUCUUUAUGAAUGAUAGUUAUGUUCCUCCUGAUGUCACCAGCUCGUAUUCACAGCAAAUGGAAAACCAUAUCAGCACCCAAAGCUAUCUGAGUCAGCCAUUAACCCCCGCCACCCCAUCACGGUACUCUCCUGUCUCAAAAGGCAUGCUGGGAGAUGAUGAGAUCACAAGGGAGUCUAGAAAAAUCGUUUUGCACAGGGGUACCACAGGUUUGGGCUUCAACAUUGUAGGAGGAGAAGAUGGAGAGGGGAUCUUCAUCUCCUUCAUCCUGGCAGGAGGGCCUGCAGACCUGUGUGGAGAACUGAGGAAGGGAGACCGCAUCGUCUCUGUUAAUGGGGUGGACCUUCGCAGUGCGACUCACGAACAGGCGGCCGCAGCACUGAAGAAUGCUGGACAGACAGUCACCAUUGUGGCUCAGUACAGACCUGAGGAGUACAGUCGAUUUGAAGCAAAAAUCCAUGAUCUUCGAGAACAGAUGAUGAACAGCAGUAUUAGUUCCGGCUCCGGCUCAUUGCGGACUAGUCAGAAGAGGACCCUGUAUGUCAGAGCCCUGUUCGAUUAUGAUAUAACAAAGGACUCCGGCCUUCCCAGUCAGGGGCUGAACUUCCGCUUUGGCGACAUCCUGCAUGUUCUCAAUGCCUCAGAUGAGGAGUGGUGGCAGGCACGGCAUGUGACUCCAGAUGGCGAGAUGGGCGUCAUUCCCAGUAAAAAGAGGGUGGAGAGAAAAGAAAGGGCCAGAUUAAAGACGGUCAAAUUUAACUCCAAGACUCGAGACAAAGCGUCGCUCAAUGACAAGCGUAGAAAGAACCUCUUUUCGCGAAAAUUCACUUUCUACAAGACCAAGGACCCCAGCGAGCAGGAAACGAGCGAUGCGGAUCAGCAUGUAACUUCUAAUGCCAGCGAUAGUGAGAGUAGUUACCGUGGACAGGAAGACUAUGUUCUUUCUUAUGAGAUGGUCACACAACAGGAAGUAAAUUACUCUCGUCCGGUCAUUAUCCUCGGACCAAUGAAAGACCGAAUUAAUGAUGAUCUGAUCUCCGAGUUUCCCGACAAGUUUGGAUCCUGCGUUCCCCACACGACUAGACCAAAGCGAGACUAUGAGGUCGAUGGCAGAGACUAUCAUUUUGUUAUAUCAAGAGAGCAAAUGGAAAAAGACAUUCAGGAUCAUAAGUUCAUUGAAGCAGGUCAAUAUAACAAUCACCUGUACGGGACGAGCGUGCAGUCAGUACGAGAGGUUGCAGAAAAGGGCAAACACUGCAUACUGGAUGUCUCUGGCAACGCCAUCAAACGACUUCAGUUAGCACAGCUCUACCCUAUUGCUGUGUUUGUGAAACCAAAAUCAGUGGAGAAUAUUUUAGAGAUGAAUAAGAGGUUACUAGAAGAACAAGGCAGGAAGACUUAUGACAGAGCUAUGAAGCUGGAGCAAGAGUUUCUAGAGCACUUCACCGCCAUUGUACAAGGGGACACAUUGGAAGAGAUCUACAACCAGGUUAAACAAAUCAUCGAGGAGCAGUCUGGACCGUACAUUUGGGUACCAGCCAAAGAGAAAUUGUGAGAUGGCUGGAGACAAAAGAAACGUUUCUUUUUUGUAUUAUUUUUCUUUCUGUAUUCUUUUUUAUACUUACCUGGCCUGCUGCUUGCAUUGGCUUUCUGACCCCCAAGCAUAGGAAAUAAGUUUUCUUUGGAUUGGCUUGGGUUCGGGCUCAUGGUGGUUUUUUCAGCCACCUGUUUCUCAUGCCUCUCUGUAAGACUGCUGUCUAGAUCUCGCACCCCAAUCUCUGCAUUCAUCCUCCAGUGGGAGAGAAUUUCCUAACUUUACUGGACAGAUUGAACGGUACGAUUCCUUAAUGUUUAAGGGAGGUGAUUUACUCGAAGGAAAAACAAUUGCAUCGUAUACAUUUUGGUUUGUAUGUUUUCUUACCUAAUAUAAACAGAGGUUAAUGUUUUUUUUAUGUUUCUUGACACCCUGAAAACACAAGAGGCAACACUUUGCACGUUUCAGCGUUACGAGCAUGUUUCAGACUAUUGUUUUUUUUUUUAUUGACACGUGUUCUUAUGGUUUCGUCAGAUGGAUUUACACUACACGAAUUACACGCACCGUAAUUAUUUUGUUUAUCUUUUUAUCUCGUAAGAUCUCCCAUUCGCUUUACUCAACUGAUUUCACAAGUGCACAAAGAGGACAAAAACAUUUGGCACAAAAUUCUUUUUAUAAUAAAUGUCUAUUUGUACAUUUUAAUAAAGGUGCAUAUGAGAGUAGCUUUUAGUAAAGGUGAAAAGGAACUGCUUACUAUUACCUUUAUGUUUCGAAAACCAGGUGAUGACAUAUUCUUACUUCUGAAAACAGCAAUGCAAAUAAGAGAGUAUAAAUUGUAAUGUAUAUUCAACCCUCGGUAUACUGCCUAUUUUGUUAUAAUAAAAGUCUAUAUUGAGCUUUUUAAUUAAACUACACCAAUGGGAAUUAUUUUCUUUAUUAAUGUUAAACAUACAUGCAUAUGAAUAUGUAUGUAAAUAAAUGGAUAUAUGUAAGUAUAAAUGGAUAUAAAUCUAUAUUUUGUUUUACUUAUACAACCAUUUCUUUAGUUGCUUUUGGUUGGUUUUUAUGCAAAAGACACUUUCACGGGACACUUGAGCUACAUGGUGGUGUUUAUAUUGCAAGCUGAAAACUCAAGUUGGCAGUUUGUAUAGUCUCCAGCCCUCUCUCUUGUGUAGUUAUAUCAUAGAUACUUUUUUCAUGUGACAUGCAUGAUUUCUCCAAGCAAUAGUUGUUACACAUUAAAUAUGAGCGAGAAGCGGGGCAGAGGGCUUCUGUUUUUAACAGAGGUUGUGAAAACUUUUAGAGUUAGCAUGAAUUGUAAACGUUAGAGGCUUGUAGAUUCUUGCCUCCGUGUUUGUGAACUUAUUGAUAGCCCAUAGCUGAAGAGAGAUUUGCUUUGCCACUCUCUAACGCGAGCUUUUAAUUCUCCACCAGAGGGCGCACUGACAGCAUCCCUCGGAAAUGAUUGUUUACUUAAAGAUUGCAUCUCUAACUUGUCACCAUUGCUUUCUAACACAUUUUUGACUGGAUUGUGUAAAUAAUCUGCCAACUUGAUUCAUUCCAUUUGUCAAAGAGGAGAACAGCUAAUAAAAAAAUUUCUCAUA